AUGUGGAAGGUGGAUCUUCUUGAGACAAAGUACUUCGGGUACACGCCUCGGUUCAAGCAUACACGGAAGUUGUUGCGGUCCAAAAAGUUGAAGAAGAUACCUGAAACCAAGGAACAAGCAGCCCCAAUCAUCACCGAGUUGAAGACCCAAGAGUUCGAGAAAAAGUACUAUGGGGCCCAUAAAAAGUUGACAGCUGAGUUGCGAAAGCAGUUGAAGGAGUGUCAGAACCCCGAGGUGGUUAAGAAGAUGCUGGACGGCACUUUAGUCGAGAAGUUGGUUUGUAGUCGAAUCAUCAAGAUCAUGGAUAAGGUGUUUGAUUGGACAGAAACUGGAGUUGUUUCUUAUGUGUCCAAAGAGUUGAGAGACAUUGUGCAUGAUAAGGAACUGGAAUCCAACCCACUGAGGUUCUUCAAGGACCAUUUGCAGAAUGACAAGGCGAUGAAUAAGUUUGUUUCCGGCGUGUUCAACUCCAAGAAUGUGAAGACCAUGAUGCAAGACAUAGAAUGGCUGUUCAAACAGAUCAAAGGGAAUGUUUCUAAGAAGGACAGAUUAGAAAGGAGGAAGCUCACUGGCGAAGUCGACAGUGAUGACGACAGUGACGACGAUGACAAGGGAUCCGAAUAUUCUGAGCUCAAUGAUAUGUUGGCAGGAACAGAUGACGAAGACGAAGACGCGGUCUUGGAUCCAAGUAUCAACUAUGCCGAAGUCACAGACGAUGAGCAAUCCAAUGUCAGCAGCAACGACAGCAGCGGUGAUGAAGACGAAAGUUCAGAUGAAUUCUUUGAGGAGAAUGAGCCCAAAAGGCCGAAACAUGCUUUACCGGCGUUAACCAAUGGGUAUUAUUCCGGAGGUUCUGAUGAUGAAGAAGACAACGUUGAUAACGAUAACGUUGUAAAGGAGUUGACCACACAAAGAAAGAAUAGAAGAGGACAACGAGCUAGACAAAAGAUAUGGGCCCAAAAAUAUGGUAAGAAUGCCAUCCAUGUCAAGGAACAGAAGAAACAAUAUGAAAGUGAAAGAGCUCAGAGGCAAUUGGAAUAUGAAGAACGUUGUCGAAAGAGAGAAUUAAAAGCACAAUUGUCCAAGGAAAGUGCUACAGGAGCCAAUACCGUUGAUGUAGGCACUAGAAAGGAACGUCGUGCUGCUGCUGCUGCUUCUGGUAGUAGUGUAGCUCCAUCUGCUCCUCCUUCAGUUCACCCAUCAUGGGAAGCCAAAAAGCUAGCCGAAGAGAAACAAAAGAACAUCAAGUUUGAAGGGAAGAAGAUCAAAUUUGAUGAUUAA